AACAUGAAUACUGGAGAAAUUCUUCAUCAAUUACUUAAGGAUAUCGGAAAAAGAUAUAAUUAUGAAGAGCCUAAUAUAGAUUUCAAAGCCAUUUGUAACAAUGGAGCAAAUUAUACUUCAGUAUUGUAUGAGGCUACAAUAUCAGCACCAGAUAAAGAAGAUCUGAAACUGUUUGCAAAAGUAGCUGCCUUAAGUGAGAAUGCUAGAUCUCAAUUACCUAUAAGUUUAUAUGAUACAGAACGCUUCGUGUAUACUGAACUAUUUAAAAAUUAUGCAAAGAUACAAAACAACAACAAGCUUACUGAAAAAGAUAAACUCUUAUGGCCUGAAUUUUAUGGUUGCAAUGCUAAUCUGUACAAGGAAACUAUAGUUCUCGAAAAUCUAGCAGCAAAAGGAUACACUACUUAUGAUAGAUUUAAGUCUAUAGAUUGGCCGUACGCUGCAAAGGCAGUAGAAUCAUUGGCUAAGUUUCAUGCCUUAUCAAUUGCUUACGGUGAGGAAAAUUCUGAAGAGUAUGCCAAAAUCCUUGAAAAUAUGAAACAAAAUCCAGCAGCUAUGGAGCACAUGAAAAAAUCUCUCGAAACAUCAGUCGCCUCUGCUUUAGCUGUAACGAAAGAAGAAUAUAAAGAACGAUUAGAAAAGUACAUAGAAGGCAAUUUUGAUAUUGAAAAAAUAGUAAAAUAUUUCCAACCAGUCGAAAGAGCAGUUUUAACACACGGCGACUACAGACCAAGUAAUUUAAUGCACAAAAUAAAUAACGAUGGAUCCAUGGAGGUGAUUCCUGUAGAUUACCAAACAAUUCUAGUCGGCAAUCCUGUAUUAGAUCUGUUAUAUUUCAUCUUUACGGGAUCAGAUGAAGAGUUUAGAUGUCAAUAUUAUGAACAACUCAUUGAGCAUUAUUAUAUACAUUUGAAUUCAGCAUUACACAAUCUGAAUCUCGACCCUGACAAGCUUUACUCGAAAGAGAAUUUCAAAUAUGAUUUAAAAGAAUUUCUACCAUUUGGACUAAUCUGUAGUAUAUUCACACUACCAAUAAUUACCAUUAACACGGAAGAUGCCCCAAAACCUCAAGGUGAAGAUGGUCUGGAGACUAUAGCAAUUAAUGCCGUCACAAAAACAAGCGCUCUGUACCGUGAGAGAUUUAAUGGAAUCGUAAAUGACUACGUGAGAUGGGGUGUCAUAUAA